AUGAGUGCAUUGCGAGACAUGGACAAGAUGGACAUCAUGGAGAUAAUAAACAUAUUGAAGUUACUAAAAAUUCCGUGCGAAGGGCUGACAACGUUGGACGAAAUGAAAGCAAAAGUGAAAGAGACACUCCAGUUGUCAGAGGAGAAGUCAAGUUGGACAGCAAAGGAGGCCUUUUCAGUGUUGACCGAGGCAAAGAAAGAAGACGAGAGAAAACGAGCAACCUUGCUCGAUUUCUACGAACGCACGGAUGUUUGCUUGCAAAAUAUGGAUGGAAAAGUUGAUGCCCUUUUGGAACAGAACAUCGGGAACCUCAAGGAAAAAAUCGCUUUCCACAAACAAAAUCUGCUGAAAAAAGAAUACAUUGUUCUUGUUGCAGGCGAAACAAGUUCAGGAAAGAGCACUUUGUUAAAUCUUAUCCUUGGAGAGCAGCUUCUUCCUUACUCCGUUCUGAGUACCACAUCCACCAUCUGGGAACUAAGAUAUGGAGAUACACCAAAGCUGGUGGCGCACUUUAAAGACAAAGGAUUAGGGGAUGUUACAAAGACUGUCCCCUUAGACGAGCCAUCCGAAGCCUCCGAGCAAAGUUACCUUCGACAGAUCUCCGAAUACGUCCACCUAAAGACGAAGAGAGAAAAGGGUUCAGAUUACGAAAAGAUUGAGUUGUUUUGGCCACACAAUCUGUUGAAGGAAAAUAUCGUAAUAGUCGACAGUCCAGGAAUUGGCGAAUCUACCAUCAUGGAUGACAUAGUAAAGGAGUACCUUCCAGAGGCUUUCGCAUUUAUUUACGUCAUUAACAGUGAAAACGCCGGUGGAAUACAGCGAGAUAGGGUAGAAAAACUUAUCGAACACGCCAGACAGGUAUCCCUUGACAAACAAAGGGAAUCUUCCUCAAAUUGUGCCAUAUUCGUUUGCAACAAGUGGGACCAUUUGCCGCCAAAAGAAACUGAUCAAGUGAAGAACUAUAUCGUGACGAAACUCACACAGUGUUGGCCCUCUCUGGAUCCAGAAUCUCAGAUCAUUUAUAUGUCAGCAAGAGAUGCCAGUGAAGCUCAGAAGCUUGGAGUAGUCACGGAAGAGUUUGCUAAACUAAUGAAUGGUAUCAAGUCCAUGGUGUUGAAAAGUAUUGAAGCAAGACUACAGAUUCAGUGGAGGUGGCUUGACUAUCUUCUUGCACGUAUGGCCCUCCACACGAAAGCGUUCAUUCGUCAUUCGUCCGAUGAUCGUAAAAAUUUGAUAGAGAGAAUGACGUUUAUCACUGACCGCCUCCAAAGUAUUGAGGGGCAGCAAGGUACACUCAGCAAAGAGCUGCAGUCAUACCUCGAAAACAAGACAGGCCACGCUGCCUUUUCAGUGUUGACAGAGGCAAAGAAAGAAGACGAAAAGAAACGAGCAACCUUGCUCAAGUUCUAUGAACGCACGGAAGUUUGCUUGGGCAGAAUGGAUGAAAAAGUUCAAACCCUUUUGGAACAGAACAUCAGGAACCUCAAGGAAAAAAUAGCUUCCCACAAACAAAAUCUGCUGAAAAAAGAGUACAUUGUUCUUGUUGCAGGCGAAACAAGUUCAGGAAAGAGCACUUUAUUAAAUCUUAUCCUUGGAGAGGAGCUUCUUCCUUACUCCCUUCUGAGUUCCACAUCAACUAUCUGUGAACUAAGAUAUGGAGAUACACCAAAGCUGGUGGCGCACUUUAAAGACAAAGGAUCAGGGGAUACCUCACCGACUGUCUUCUUAGACAAGCCAUCCGAAGCCUCCAAGCAGAGUUACCUUCAACAGAUUUCCAAAUUCGUCCACCAAAAGACGGACAGAGAAAAGGGUUCAGAUUACGAAAAGAUUGAGUUGUUUUGGCCACAUAAUCUGUUGAAGGAAAAUAUCGUUAUAGUCGACAGUCCAGGAAUUGGCGAAUCUACCAUCAUGGAUAACAUAGUAAAGGAGUACCUUCCAGAGGCUUUCGCAUUUAUUUACGUCAUCAACAGCGGAAACGCCGGAGGAAUACAGCGAGAUAGGUUGGGAAAACUUAUCGAACACGCCAGAAAGGUAUCUCUUGACAAAGGAAGGGAAUCUUCCUCAAAUUGUGCCCUAUUCGUUUGCAACAAGUGGGACCAGGUGCCGCCAAAAGAAACUGAUCAAGUGAAGAACUAUAUCGUGACGAAACUCACACAGUGUUGGCCCUCUCUGGAUCCAGAAUCUCAGAUCAUUUAUAUGUCAGCAAGAGAUUCCAGUGAAGCUCAGAAGCUUGGAGUAGUCACGGAAGAGUUUGCUAAACUAAUGAAUGGUAUCAAGUCCAUGGUGUUGAAAAGUAUUGAAGCAAGACUACAGAUUCAGUGGAGGUAA